AUGGUCCAGAAGUUUUACGUCACCUACAACCAGGUGCACAAGCUGUGCCAGCAGUCGGCCGAUGCCAUCCUGAAGCAGUUCCGUCCCAACUUGAUGAUCGCCAUUGGCGGUGGUGGUUAUGUCCCUGCUCGUAUCCUGCGUUCUUUCCUCAAGAGCCCCGGCGAGCCCAACAUCCCCAUCCAGGCUAUCGGUCUGUCUCUCUACGAGGAUCUUGGUCGUGGUGAUGCCGAGGAGGCCAUUGGCACCAAGGUGACCCGCACCCAGUGGCUCGAUCUGAGCUCGUUGGAGAUGGCCAACCUGAUUGGCAAGAACAUCCUGAUUGUCGACGAGGUUGACGACACCCGCACAACUCUGGAGUAUGCCGUGCGCGAACUCGAGAAGGACGUCCAGGAGGCCCAGAAGCAGCUUGGCCGUGAGGGCGAGAAGACCAACUUCUUCGUCUACGUUCUCCACAACAAGGACAAGCCCAAGAAGGGUACUCUGCCCGCGGAUAUGAUGGAGGGAGGCCGUUACCACGCCUCUGUCACCACUGAGGAUGUGUGGAUCUGCUAUCCUUGGGAGGCUAAGGAUAUUGUUGAGCACGACGCUCUGGCUAAGGAGAAUCCUAUUAUCUAA